CUCCAUCAUCUCCACGGGGCAGAAGAACACGAGAAAUACGGGAACAAGAUGUCCUUUGAUCUUUCUAACAGCGAAGACCUUGUUACGUUUCCAACAUGAAUUGAAUUCCGAUCCUAGAUCGUGACAUGUCAUUGAUCGUCGCCUCAUCUCACUCUUUCCUCCUUCAACAAGGACAUCACAGCGUCUACAUCGCUCUUGCCGUCGAUAUCGAUAUACGAAUGUGGUCUCCAAGGACCUAGUCACAUUCUCACCACGUCGACCCUUCGCAUUUGAGAUAUAAACGUAGCCAACUUUCAACAAGAUGAAUCCCGCACAGCUGCUCAAUCCCAAGGCAUUCGCCAAAGGGAAGAAGGCGAGUCCAAAGACUCCAAAUUAUGGACCCAAGCAAUCACGCAAGCCGAUGAACGCAAACGCUCUGCUCAAUCCCAAGGGCGCUUCAUCAGCUACCGCCAGCGCUGAUGCCGAACCUGUCAACCAUAACAGCAGCAACGAUACCGCGUCCGUGGAAGCACCAUCAGAUGGUCCUGGGAUGGCCAGUCUAAUUGAACGGCUACACAAUGUCACUGAGCGCGUUGAAGUUCCUCAGACAAAGCGGAAGAUUGUAGCCGUUGAUGGUGAUACUACUGAAGCUGAUGAUGCCAAACGGGCCAAAUCGACCUUCAAUGGUGGUUCGAACGGCGGUAUCAUUAGUGACCACUUACGCGAUGAGCGGCAAAAGGCCAUUGCCAAAAUGCCACCUCCCUCCGACACAGUUGACUUGACCGCGGAUAAUGCUGAAGAUGACGAUGUUGUUGUCACUGCCGUCAACAAUGUUUCUGAGGACGAUGAGAUCUGCAUUGGAGUCCUGAAUGCGACGAUUAACGCGCACCGGGUUCCCCAUGUCUCUGUCCAGGGAGCGAGGCUGGUCGGAAAAGACUUCUGGCCACCGACGAGGAUCACGCUCGAAGAUCGAUCUCUACCACCUGCCAAAAACAACGUCAUAUUUGUUCGCGACCGCAAAGGAAACCGCUUUGGCAAACUUGAACUGCGUGUGGCUCAAGUGCUCGGCCCGAUCAUCGAAGGAAAUCAAAUGAACAAGACGAGAUAUACUCUUAUGCUGCUUAAUCGUCCUCGUGCGCCAGGCGAAUCCAUCGGAGACGGCGUGUCACUGACACUCAAGACCGAGAUUACAGUCUUCUGUCCGCGAAAGCUGGGCCGCAACCUCGGUCAAUAUCUAUCUAGACACCAACUUUUUCUCAGCAACCCAAGAGUUGACGUCAAUAGGCAAGUCGUGAACCCACACGAACCUCAGGUAUAUCAGGCCAUCACAAAGAGUGGAACAGUUGCAGGCAAGUCUGGAAAAGGCGCAAAUGCAGCAUCGUAUGUUACGCGCACCGCAGAAGAGAUCAGUCGAGAAACAUCUGAUAUGUUCGAUCAGCUUGCAGAGGCAGCUGACCUCCCAGAGGUCGAAGCAGAUAGUGCCUACAUCACGACGCCACUCUUGCCCCAUCAAAAGCAAGGACUGUAUUUUCUCACUCAGCAUGAAGACGCCGACAAUGUGGACUACCAGGCUGGGGGCUCAGCUUCGCUCUGGAAGCACAAGCCAAAGAAUAAUGGCAGAACCGCUUGGUGCCACGUCAUUACUGGCGAAGAGGUGCUUGAAAAGCCAAAACCGCUGCAAGGCGGCAUUCUGGCAGACAUGAUGGGUCUUGGCAAGUCAUUGUCUAUUCUUGCGUUGAUCGCGAGUACCCAUGGUGAUGCCAAACGUUUUAGAAACAGACGAGUGGAGUCCGAUGGCUUAGACACUGAAUGCAAUGGUCGUGGGACCUUGAUCAUCUGUCCAAUGUCCGUCCUUUCGAGUUGGGACGAUGAAAUCAAAAAGCAUGUAACCCCCGGGAAGCUCAGAGUUUACGUCUAUCACGGGGCAUCGCGCAUGCAGUAUACGCACGAGCUGGCCAAGUUUGACAUUGUCUUGACCACCUACAACACAGUCGCUACGGAAUGGGGCAAUGAGAAGGCACCGAAGAAAGCACUGGCAUUGGUCAAUUGGUUUCGAAUUGUCCUUGAUGAGGCGCAUCAGAUCCGAAACCAGAAGUCAAACACGUUCAAUGCAUGCUGCGAAAUCCAAGCCGAGCGGCGAUGGGCGGUCUCAGGAACGCCAAUGCAGAACUACCUCAAUGACAUGGGCGCGCUCAUUCGUUUCCUGAAGCUCCGCCCCUUUGACAAAAUCAAUGUCUGGCAACAAUACAUCAUGGCUCCUCUCAAGCUCGGAGACGCGAAUGCGGUCAAGCAGUUACAACUUAUCGUCAAAAGUAUCACUCUCCGCCGCCUGAAGAGCAAGAUCGAUCUUCCACCGCUUCAAGAACAAGUCGUUCGACUCGAUUUUACUCCUGCAGAGCAAAGUCUCUAUCAAGCAUUUCUUACCAAGCUAGGUGUCCACGUUCGCGUAAUGACCUCCGCUGACAAGCGGUCUCCGAAGGCCGUGGCACGUUCGCAUGUGUUCAGGUCUUUGUAUCACUUGCGUGCCAUUUCUGCUCAUGGCCGUGAAAUGCUCAGUGAGGAGGAUAUGAAAGAAAUUGAGGGUGACACAGCUGAGACAGCCAUCUCGAUGAUCGAUCUUGGCGAUGAACCUGAGAUGCAGGGAGGUGACGAUUUCCUUACGCAAGACCAGGCUUACGAGGAGUUGGAGGUGAUGAAAAGCGCCGACUUGAACAACUGCAUGUCUUGCGAUCGCGAGAUCGGCAAUGAGAAGGGUGAAAACGACGACGAUGUCGACGGAGGAUCCCCUUCAGAUAGCCCAGAUGAUGACGACAUCAUCGGCUAUCUCACACCAUGUCUACAUUUCGUUUGCAGACGGUGCAAAGCUGAUCCUUCCACAUAUCAAUUGUCACCAACUCAAGAUGGCUAUUACACCUGUCCAAGCUGUGAAGCGUACAGACCUAUCGGACUGAUCGAGCUCCGCAAGAGCACUCGCCAGCGUCUCGGUCAUCUCCGCCAGAAUCCUCAGCGACUGACUAAAAAUGCCAAAUGGACUCCAGAAACCUACUCCGGUCCACAUACUAAGGUCCGCGCUCUGAUCGAAGAGAUCAAGCGCUCAGCCGAAGAAUCUGCUGAGCUUCCACGCGGCGAGCCACCAAUCCGAUCCGUUGUGUUCAGCCAGUGGACACAGAUCCUCGAUCUCAUUUCCUUUGCUUUCGCGCGCGAAGGCAUCGCACAUCUCCGUCUCGAUGGCACCCUAAGCCUUUCAAAGCGCGGCGCCGUGCUCAAAGAAUUCCGCAGCGAUCCCUCCAUCCGUGUCUUGCUCGUCAGCAUUCAAGCCGGCGGCCAAGGUCUCACGCUCACAGCCGCCAACCGAGCGUACAUCAUGGACCCAGGCUUCAAUCCCGGCGUGGAAGACCAGGCCGCGGAUCGCCUCCAUCGUUAUGGACAGACGCGUCCCGUGCGAAUCACCUAUUUCGUCAUGAACAACAGCGUGGAAGAGAUGGUCCGGAAAGUGGCGCAGAAGAAACGUAAGAUGGCGGAGAUUACCAUCGAUGGUGGAAAGUCUGGAAAGGCUUCGGGACUCAAAGGGAAGGAGAAGAGAGAGCAGGAGACACAGUUGAAAGUGGAGGAGAUCAUCGCCUUGUUCAAGUAAACGGAAUCAAGCGUAGAAGAAAGAGUGGCAGGGAUGGACUUCUGUUCGCCGGAUGGUAUGGGAAAGCUUCGCAAGAAUGCCUGUGACGCACCGCCUUUGCAACAUUGCAACAUCACCUAGAAUUUGUAUUUAGCGACUCCAGCGUUAAAUGGCUAGGGGCAAAGAGAAAUCACACGAACGAUCAUGAGUGUCCAUCAUGUCUUCUUAGCCUCUUUAGCAUGAUAUUGCUCUACCACUUAGAAGGAUUCACGGGAAACACACUCUU